AUGUUGGACAAAAAUGAAUUGCUGUCAAAUUUCAUCAAUAAAGAUCUUCAAUUAGCUUUAUUGCCCAUGCGCUUUCUAGAGAAUGUGUUUCUUCUUUCUACGUAUUCCAUCUCCAACAAUUACAUUAACCGGCGUGAAGAAUACAAAUUGUACAAUAACAUUAAGCGAUUAAACCAAACACAAUUCAAGAAGAUGUCAGUAUACGGUGUGUUCGUUAUGGAUGCUGGACUCCCCGUUGGACUGGUGCAAUUGCUUACCACUUAUGUCAUUGUAUUACUACAGUUUGCGCUGACUUAA